AACCAAACCACGUCUCCUUUCGUUUUUCACUCUUGACCUAUCUCUAGAAUGGUGGCGCCUAUAGAUAUAACUUUUCUUGGUACCGGCAGUGCACAACCAAGCCAUACACGCAAUCACCAAUCCAUGGCAUUCCGAGCCGAUGGCGAAAUUUGGCUAUUCGACGCUGGCGAAGCUACUCAACAUCAACUUCAAAAAAGCAAUCUGAAAAUGGGCCGGAUCACCAAAGUUUUCAUUACGCACAUGCAUGGCGAUCAUUGUUUUGGGCUGCCGCCACUGCUAUGCACAAUGACCGAGAAUCUCAACCCUAAUCGUGCUCAUGAAGGUGUUGUGGACGUGUACGGUCCUCGGCCGCUGCGGCAGUGGCUGCGCGUCGCGCUUCGAUCCACAUAUUCGCGUCUUGGACGUCAUUAUAGAGUACACGAGCUGAUCAUGGAAGGAGAAGUAGCGGACGAGAAUCAAGAGGAUCGGCAUCCUGACGAAGAGCCCGGAACAAAUAUUCACGUCAAGGAUAAUACGUUUGAUUUACCUAUUGACGACAAGGAAGGGUGGACCGUGCGAGCCGCUCCGAUCCAGCACUCGAUUCCGUCCCUUGGCUACGUGAUCCAAGAACCUUCGCAACCGGGCAAACUGGAUCACGCAACCAUUGUACCUAAAAUCCAACGUAAUGCUCAAGCACUGCUUGAAAAGGGAUAUAAAAGCCCUAUGGCUGUAUUGGGUAAACUUCAACGAACGCAAGUUGAUAUAACGUUGCCGGAUGGCGAAGUUUUGACACCUCCUGCGCGACGACCGGGUCGGCAAAUUGUCAUUCUAGGAGAUACAUGUGAUGCUUCCUCAAUGCUACCGCUAUGUAAUUCUCCACACUUACUUGUACACGAAGCGACGAAUGCCCUGACCCAACUCGAUCGGAUACCGACGUCGUCAUCACAACCAGAGAUUACUUUGAAGGACGUCGAGGAUCGUGCUCGAUCGCAUGGCCACUCAACUCCACAGAUGGCAGCAGAUCUUGCUAAGCGAAUGGGUGCACAAAAACUCAUAAUGACUCAUUUCAGCGCAAGAUACAAGGGCGACGAUUCGGACGAAGAAAGUGUAGCCAUCAUGGAAGAAAUCCGGCAACAUGCACUCGAUGUGUUGGGUAAAGAGAGGGACAAAGAUGUUUUUUGUGCAAGAGAUCUUUGGUUUUAUGAAAUCAAGUAUUAGUGCUAAGCAUUCUUUGCCGAUGGCCUGGGGGUUAGACAUGUAUAGUAUUUUGGCAUCUAUUUAUUCUAUCCAUUGUUUAUGUUGUAAAUUAAUCGAAAUGUUAAUAUUUGAAGCCUCUCAUGUAUCAUAAGUGGUGUUGACUUAGUUUAAAUG